UAGAAUCUUCCCUAUGUGUUCGCUAUAUCUGUUAUCUUGUUAUGCUUUGUGAUUUUCCACUUUGAACCGGUCGAAGGAGGGGCUUUACCAACGGAAGUGAGGCAAUGUGAUAAGGUGUCAAGUUGAGUUGGACAUGAUUGGUCAGGUUUGGAAGACGUUUAAGGCCAUUUUCUGGAACUUGUUGGAACUUUGCUUUGACCCCAGGGGUGGCAAAGUUCAACUCAGGGACAAAUCUAGGUCGAAGCCCCAUUCUAAGCGGUUCAGUUUUGUGGGAAUUGGCGAGGAUGAAGACGAAGACGAAAGCCAUGAGUUACUAUUGGAUGAUGAUGAUGUGGAGAAAGGAUUUUCCGAUCAGGAUGAGGUGGACAUGGCCUCUCGUCAAAGGACACCACUGGAAAAUAGAUUGGGGUCCCUGCGUUUUCGAUUGGAAUAUCGCCCUGAAAAAGAGAGUCUCCUGGUCACAAUUGUGGAUGCCGUGGAUCUUCCCGCCAUGGAUUCGAACGGAAAGGCUGACCCGUACGUAGCGGUUUACCUCAAACCGGGAGCAAAACGCUUCACCACGUCAAUUAAGUCCAAGAGUCGGAAUCCCACCUUCAACGAAACGGCUGAUCUCCCCUUGAAAGAGGCUGAAAUCAUGCACAAGGAUUUAAUCCUUAAGGUCAUAGACAGUGACUAUCCCCUCCAAGAUGAGUUGAUUGGCAUCAUUCGAGUGCCCUUAUCUCAAGUGGAUCUUCUGCAGCCGGUGGCUAAGCACUACACGUGUCUCAUCAUAAACCAAUCAGAUAAUAACGGACAAGUGACUUUGAACUCGGAUGACUCAGCUCUGAUGAACUUGAGAAUUUCGGAGCAAAACACUCAAAUAUACGAUUUGGAGGUCCGGCUCAAAAGCACCCAAGAAAAAUUCAACAAGCUGAGCCGCGAAUACCACGAGCUCAAAAUCCAUAACUUCGAAUUGGAGAUGGAGCCCUUCAAGGACGAGUUCUCGGCCCUAGAGUCACUCUCGAACUCCGAAGAAGAUCUCGCCUCUCGUCGCUUAUCUCCACUAGCUUUUUUAAACUCCAUGAAACCAGACCUGCUCUCAACCAAUCAACUUAAGCCACCCCACCCAAAAUCGGCCCCCGUGUCCAAGAAGGGGUCACCAAAGUUGGUACGGAACCGUAAAAGUCUUCAAGGCGAAGUUGAGGGAGGGCAAACGCGCGCCUUUCAAAUCCUCGAAACCCUUCGAUCUUCUCUGAAGGUCAAAGAUGCCGAAAUUGAAAUGCUCCGUGGCAAGAUCAAGCAAAUCGCCCCUAAAUUGGAGUUGUAUUCUAGAAAUGGGCAAAUCGAGGUGGGACUCACUUUUAACCCAGAUGAUAAAAAGUUGAAGAUUGACAUAUUCAAGGCGACCAACCUUCGAUCUGUGAAUCUUCAUGGGGAUCAUUCGGACCCCUUUGUCAAGGUCAAAGUGUUUCGAGUGAAACCAGGGAAGAAAACCGAAAGAUGGAAGUUUGAAUCCAAACCAGUUUGGAAGAACAUCAACCCAGUCUUCAAUUUGAGUUAUGUGGUCGAUAAAGUGGAAGCUGAAGACUUGGGAUUUAUGUCGACGGAGAUUGUGAUUAUGGACAAAGCUCACUUGCGCUCAGAUCGAUCGUUGGGCAAACUCCGUUUGGGGCCCAAUGUGACCACCGAUCUACAGCAUUGGGAAGUCAUGACCAACAACCCUGGGAAAGUGAUCAAACUGACCCAUGCCCUUCAGGACUCAUAAUUAUUUAUUUGCGCAUUAAUUUGAAUAUAAUUGCAUCAUCUAUAA